AUGCUGCAUUCUUCCCGGCCCGUGACCCCCUCGUCACAGGCGAAAAGGAGACAGCUGCAGAGGUCAUCAGGGCUUUAUUUGUUGACCCAGUCUCCCAAAAUACACUACCCUGUUGAUGUGGAACACACGCCUAUGGAGAGUGCGGUGAACAGUGAGAAGUUUGGGAGAGUCUCUGAUGCCAUGGAAGAAUUGGACGUGAACAUGACAAAUCUCCAGCUGAUUCACGACGCGGUGGCCCUUGGAUUCAACGAGUCUUUUGCCAGUUUCAUGUACGGAUUGUCGAUCACCAUGUGGUGUGUGGACUUUCCUGGCUGUCCUACCAGAAAAGCGUGGGAAGAGUUACAAGAACAGAAAGCAUGCAAGUCACGAAUUGACGAGCUUCAGUCUAGGCUCCGCAGAAAGAAAGAAGAAAACGAGACCUUGAAGAGCAAGUUGGAAACGUUGAGCAAGCCGAAACCGAAAGAAGCUACAAUCAUACGGCCUACUCGACCCCCAGUGCGGCAAAGAACCAAGAUCCAGAACACGGUUUCCCGGCCUAGCGUACCUGCGGCCAGACCUAGGCCCAGCGACGAUGACUCCUACACUACAAACGAAGGUUCCUUUGUGGCCAAUCCCAUAGACAAGAGAAAUAGAUUAUCGCGGAUCCCAGCUCCUCCGGUGCCCACAACACGAAGCAGGUCACCAGAAGUGUCCAAGAGAGGUCCAAACUUGAACCAGCCUCCUCGAUACAUGCGGGGCUUGUUUGACUCCAGCAAUACUGCCCGC